AUGUCGAGCUCCAUGUCGUCAGCCAGCUCUUCGAGCUCGCGUUCGUCUUUUGACGGCCCCUCAACUCCGCCAGACACGGUGCACUCGCUACCUAACUCUCUCAAGGCAGCAAGGCAGGAAGCUGGCAUUGAUACUGAAGAGCCACUCUGGAAAAAGAGGCACACUUUCUUCCCGCUCGAGCGCCAGGAACGUUACUCUGCUCCUACUGACAACGGCUUUGUGGCCCCAGAGCUCACCGAACUUGUGGCGCCCAACAUCGAGUCCUUCAAUGCGCUGUGGGCGGAAGAUCCUUCGCUAGACCCACCCGCUUCGGUUGCCGUCUCCGGAUUCGUAAACGAGGGCACAGGUCUGCUCGAGAAGAGUUUGCGUCGUUUAGCGCCACGCAUCGUCUUUGACGGCCAGGGUGACGCUAACAAUGGGCUCGGCAAUCGCAUCACGCUCCGCAUGGACAGUGUCAACCUUUCAAAGCCUCUCAUCAACGAACGUGCAAAAGGUGUGCGCGAACGCAGGGUUUUCCCCACCGAGGCGAGGGAGAGGCUAUUCACCUACACGGGCAAGCUGACAGCGCGUCUCUGCUGGAGUGUCAAUGGCGAUCCCGAGCAGAGCGACAUUGUCACACUGGGCAACUGCCCUGUCCUCGUUCGAUCGAAUCGAUGCAAUCUGCGUGGCAUGUCGUCGAGGGAGCUCGUGGCGCACCACGAGGAGGCCAAUGAGUUUGGUGGCUACUUUCUCGUCAACGGAAACGAACGUCUCAUCCGAUACCUCAUCGUCGCCAAAGCCAACAGUCCACAAGCGAUCGAGCGACCCAGUUUCGAAAAGCGUGGCCCAAGCUAUUCGAACAAGGCCAUCGUCAUCCGAUGUCUUCACAAGGACGACCUGAUCAGCGUCACCAACGCUGUGCACUACCUCCACAACGGCGGUCUCACCAUGCGAUUCAGUUGGCGAAAGCAAGAAUACAUGGUACCCGUCGUCAUGGUGCUCAAAGCACUGGUCGACGCUACCGACAAGGAGAUUUUUGCUUCCAUUGUCCAGGGCGACUUUGAAAACACGUUCCUCACCGACCGCGUUGAGCUGCUUCUCCGCAACUUCAAGCAGUACAGUCUGUGGUCGGGUCACCAGUGUCUCGAGUAUCUCGGCUCCAAGUUCCGCGUCGUUCUCGGCUGUCCCGAGGACUACACGGAUGCUCAGGUCGGAACCGAACUUAUCUCGCGCAUCUUGCUCGUUCACCUUGACAGCCCACGUGACAAGUACAAGAUGCUCAUCUUUAUGAUCCAGAAGCUCUACUCGCUCGUCGCCGGCGAGUCAUGUGCCGACAAUGCCGAUUCUCCGCAGCAUCAUGAGAUCCUCAUGCCUGGCUUUCUCGUCGGACAGAUCAUCAAGGAACGCAUUGACGAGGCUGUGGGCAACAUUCGCGCUCAGAUCGCCAGGGACGUGCGCAUGAAGGUCAAGGGCCUCGAUUUCUUUGAUUCUAAGUAUAUUAAAAAAACGGUUUCCAAGGUCAAUAUCGACAUUGGUGUCAAGAUUGCCUCUUUCCUCGCUACCGGUAACUUGUCUUCGCCCUCGGGUCUCGAUCUGCAGCAGACCUCUGGUUUCACCAUUAUGGCGGAGAAGCUCAACUUUGCCCGUUACCUUGCCCAUUUCCGUUCGGUGCAUCGAGGUGCCUUCUUCGCCGAACUCAAGACAACGUCGGUGCGAAAGCUGCUGCCAGAGGCGUGGGGUUUCUUGUGUCCUGUGCACACGCCAGACGGCUCGCCAUGUGGUCUGCUCAAUCAUUUCUCGCACACGUGUAGGAUGACGACUCGGCAGCCGGAUGUGUCGCACAUCCAUGCGCUGCUCUCCGGUCUGGGUAUGACGGAAGCUGCCUUUGCGAUUGGUGCCGUUGGCGCUGCUAGCCAGAGGGAUACCGAUGCACGCGACAACAUGGUCGUAGUUCAGCUCGACGGCGCCAUUCUUGGUUACACCACCCCUGCGCUCGCCAAACACAUGGCGACGGCGCUGCGAAUCUGGAAGACUGAAGGGCUGCACCAUGUGCCCCUGGACCUGGAGAUCGGUUUCGUGCCCACAUCGCGCGCCGGACAGUAUCCUGGUCUGUACCUCUUCUCGAAUCGCGCGCGUAUGAUGCGUCCUGUGCGGCUGCUGCACAACAACAAGAUCGACAUGGUGGGACCCUUUGAGCAGGUCUACCUUGACAUUGCAUGUGACCCACAAGAGGUGGUACCUGGCGUUUCGACCCACGUCGAGCUGGCUCCCACUUCGAUCCUAUCGGUGCUUGCCAACCUGACGCCGUUUUCGGACUACAACCAAUCGCCGAGAAACUGUUACCAGGCGCAGAUGAUGAAGCAGACCAUGGGUACCGCCUCUACAGCAGUUAGCAGAAGGACAGAUAACAAGCUGUACCGCAUUCAAACUCCGCAGACACCCGUCGUGCGACCAGAGUUGUACAACAAGUACGGCUUUGACGACUAUCCAAACGGAACCAACGCCAUUGUUGCUGUUAUCUCGUACACCGGUUACGAUAUGGAAGACGCCAUGAUCCUCAACAAGAGUGCACAUGAGCGUGGCUUUGGUUAUGGUACCGUCUACAAGUCUGAGACGAUCGACCUGCGCGACUUGAAGGGCAAAUCGAGUUCAAGCGUGCCGACGCUUCACUUUGGGUUUGCGCCCAACUCGAGGCCGACUGAAGCACAGCGUGCCAUUCUGGACCAGGACGGUCUGCCUUACAUUGGCCAGAAGGUGAUGGCGGGCGAGCCGAUCUGCGCCUACUGGGACGAGGUGAGCGGCAAGACCAUGUUUAAGAAGUUCAAGGGUGACGAGUACGCGUACGUCGACACUGUUCGUCUGCUCGGCUCGGACGCAGGUUCCGGAGGAGGCGACAGCGAGUGUCAAAAGGUGCAGAUUAUGCUGCGUAUCACGCGUUCUCCCGUGAUCGGUGACAAGUUUUCGUCACGUCAUGGACAGAAAGGUGUCUGCUCUCAGAAGUGGCCUGCGGUGGACAUGCCGUUCUCGGAAAGCGGUAUGCAGCCGGAUGUGAUCAUCAACCCGCACGCUUUCCCAUCGCGUAUGACGAUCGGCAUGCUGAUCGAGUCGAUCGCUGGCAAAGCUGGUGCGAUGCACGGAAUCGCGCAGGAUUCGACGCCUUUCACGUUUAGCGAAGAUUUCACGCCUACCGAGUUCUUCGGUGAGCAGCUCAAAGCUGCUGGGUACAACCACGUAGGAAACGAACCGAUGUACUCUGGCAUUACGGGACAAGAGUUGCGCGCGGAUAUCUACCUCGGAGUUGUCUACUACCAGCGUCUGCGUCACAUGGUCAACGACAAGUUCCAAGUGCGAACCACGGGACCGGUGCACGCAUUGACGCGACAACCGAUCAAGGGUCGAAAGCGAGCUGGUGGUAUCCGAUUCGGAGAGAUGGAGCGUGAUGCGUUGUUGGCGCACGGAACGUCGUACAUGCUACAGGAUCGGUUGAUGAACUGUUCCGACUAUUCGACUUCGUACGUCUGUCGAACGUGCGGAUCUUUGCUGUCUGUCGGAUUCGACACGUCUGCUUCUAGCCGUCACGGCGGAGGAGCGAUAUCGACGAUUGAUGUGACGACGCAAGGGACAACGCCCAUCUUGGGACCGAACGGCGAGUUCUGCCGCGUCUGCAGAGCCGAAGACGAGGUCCGUCAUCAACAGGGUCUCGAGCCCCUGCGCGGUAAGCGACAACCGAUCGGCGGUGUCGAAGCGACCAUCGCCAUCCCGCAGAGCAACGUGAUCAACAGCUUGAGCGGCGGUGAUCUGGACGUCGUCGCUGUCCCGUACGUACUCAAAUAUCUGGUCGCCGAACUGGCAGCUAUGGGUAUCAAGAUGAGUUUUGGUGUUUCUCCUUGA